CGGGCGUCAGCUGACCCGUGUUUGUUUACAUAAUGGAGCCCUCGGACCAAGCGGGUCUCCUGGACCUUCCUGACGAGCUGCUCCUCAAGAUCGUGUCCUGCAGGGUCGUUUCGGUCCAGGAUUUGGGCAGAGGGGCGGCUACUUGCAUGAGAUUGAGGAAUGUCAUUGCAACGCAGGAUUUGUGGAGGAAGAAGAUCGAGCAGUACUACCCCAAAGUGUGGGACCAGCUGCCAAGCAAUGCAGGAAUCCAAGACUGGAGACAAGAGGUGCAGAUCAUGAAGCAGUUGGAGGUAGACGUGAACAAGUUGGUGUCAAGCCUUAGCCUGCGUCUCUACCAACACCUGCACCUCACCACCCCAGUCUACGCGGAGAUUGAUGCCCUGGUCUCUUCUGGCACCUACACCCCAAUAUAUAUCAUAAACAUAUUGAGACAGAUUGUUGAUGAUGGAGAACAGCAUCCAACGAAACCUGUUGAGCCAGAGGUUAGACAGCAGCCGGUACCACCUGUGCAACCAAGGCCAAACUGGCAGAGAGUAUUACCUGCAAAUGAUAAAAAUUCUCACUCCAGAAGGCCAGU